ACACUUUCGCUUCUGUGAUACAUUCGUUCUUAUUUCUCUGUAUUUUUCUCAUCAAUUUGAGCUUGUUAGUUUUCUCUUCGUCCAACAAUUCACGGUCCAAAUAACUUGACUUCUGGACUAAGAUGCAGCUCUUCUCCUCAACGAUAGUUCUCCUGCUAUGCAGCAGCUCUGUUUCCGCAGGGCCACUAGAUCGACUCUUCGGCCGGGUUACUUCCAGACAAUUAGUAUCUGUGCGAACAGUAUCUCCAGAUAAUACUUGCGGGACCAUUUUCAACAGUACCAACAACGGAACUACUGCUAAUGGAUAUACCUGUCCAUCAGACUUGCCAUGCUGUAGCGUCCAUGGUUUCUGCGGUUCAACCAAUGAUUAUUGUCUUACUACCGCCGGCUGCCAGUCUUUGUUUGGAAAUUGUACCGCACCGAGCGCGGGUACUAUAACUCCAGACGAGACUUGUGGCAUUCUCGGGGCUGGACAAUACGGAUAUACUUGCGAUGCGCAAAGCCCUUGCUGCUCUGGAAAUGGGUGGUGCGGAAAUACAACAGACUACUGCUCGCCAUCGAAUGGCUGUCAAACAGCAUAUGGCACAUGCGAUGCUGCUAGUAAUAGUACAAGCUCAAGCGGUGGAAGCAGCGGAACGCCAGGAACCAGCACAAAUGGUCAAUGCGGACCUGGAUUUGGCACAUGCGCAUCAAAUGAGUGUUGUAGUCUCGCUGGCUACUGUGGGGUCACCGAAGAUUAUUGUGAAGCACCAGAUUGUCAGUUCAACUAUGGACCAGCAUGUGAUGCAAACAAGAUUCCUUCAGGUACCAAUACUUCUUCGAUCGCGAGACCCAAGUUGGGAUCAGUGAUGUACGGAUCAGCUGGCAUCUAUGACUGUGCCAAUGCAGGAGACAUGGCUUUGACAUUCGAUGAUGGACCGUUUAUAUACACAAGCCAUAUCCUAGAUCUCUUGGACCAGUAUAAUGCUAGCGCUACAUUCUUCAUCACUGGAAAUAACAAUGGGAAAGGAGAAAUUGACAACACUAGUCUACCCUGGUCCGCUUUAAUCCAACGGAUGUACAAUGAAGGUCACCAAGUUGCUUCUCACACGUGGUCUCAUCCCGAUCUCUGCAAUAUUACUUCCGAUCAGCGCAAGAAUGAAAUGUACAAAAAUGAGAUGGCAUUGAGAAAUAUACUUGGCGUUAUACCGACCUAUAUGCGUCCUCCAUAUUCAUCAUGCACUGCGGAAUGCGGCUGCGAAGCAGACUUGAAAGAACUAGGUUACCACAUUACUUACUUCGACCUCGACACUCAAGACUACCUCAACGAUUCGCCAACCCUGAUAGUCAACUCCGAAACAAUAUUCGACAACGCUAUCGCUAACAGUUCUUCAACCACAGACGAUUUCCUGGUCAUAGCCCACGACAUCCAUAAUCAAACCAGUCAAGUAUUAGUCGAGUACAUGUUGAAGGGCCUGACAACUGCUGGCUACAAACCCGUGACUGUCGGGACGUGUUUGGGUGAUUCAAAGGCGAAUUGGUAUAGGACUGAUACCACUGCGACACUGGGUUGAGAAAUCUCAGAAAGUGCGGGCGCGAGGGAAUGAGGAAGCGAAGUUGGAGUUUUGGAGUUUGGUUUCACCGGAGUUGGAUAUUGAGAACUAAAAGCAUUUCUCCUUUGAAAUUCAUCUCUUGUUGACAAAUUGAUAUAUCUUCUCACAUCUUUUCUAUAUAGCUCAAGAGUUUUUUUUUUCGCUCUAAUAGUGAUAUAAUUUUAAUACUAAAGUCUGGG